AUGUCAGACAACAAGGUCUAUCGUGCCAGCACCACGGCACCUGUCAACAUCGCCGUUGUCAAGUACUGGGGUAAGCGCGACCCGAAGCUCAACCUCCCCACCAACAGCUCCCUCUCCGUCACCCUCUCCCAAGCCGACCUGCGAACCCUGACGACAGCAUCCUGCUCCGUCUCCUACCCCGAGGGCGACAGUCUCAUCCUCAACGGCGAAGCCUCCGAUGUCUCGGGCGCCCGCACACAGGCCUGCUUCCGCGAGCUGCGCGCCCGCCGCGCCGCCCUCGAGGAGAAGACCCCUUCUCUCCCGAAGCUCUCCAAGCUGCCCCUGAAGAUCGUCACCGAGAAUAACUUCCCCACCGCCGCCGGACUCGCCUCCUCGGCCGCCGGCUUCGCCGCCCUCGUCCGCGCCAUCGCCGACCUCUACGAGCUCCCCGAGUCCCCCUCCGAGCUGUCCCUCAUCGCGAGACAGGGUUCCGGCUCCGCAUGCCGCAGUCUGUUUGGCGGAUACGUCGCGUGGAGGAUGGGCGACAAGGCGGACGGCACGGACUCCAAGGCUGACCUUGUCGCCGAGGCGUCGCACUGGCCCGAGAUGCGCGCCCUGAUCCUGGUCGUCAGCGCGGCCAAGAAGGGCGUCUCGUCGACUUCGGGUAUGCAGCAGACGGUCGCGACGUCGGGCCUCUUCAAGCAGCGCGUCGCCGAGGUCGUGCCGAAGCACAUGGGUGAGAUGGAGGAGGCUAUUGCCAAGCGCGACUUCGAAAAGUUUGCCGAAGUCACCAUGCGCGACUCCAACUCGUUCCACUCCUCGUGCGCGGAUACCUACCCUCCCAUCUUCUACAUGAACGACGUCUCGCGCGCCGCCAUUCGCGCCGUAGAGCAGAUCAACGCUGCCGCUGGAAAGACCAUUGCUGCGUACACCUUUGACGCCGGCCCGAACGCUGUCAUCUACUACCUCGAGGAGAAUGCUGCUGCUGUCGUUGGUGCUUUCUCCCCUAUCUUGGGAUCCGUCGGUGGAUGGAAGGAGGGCGCCAAGGAUCUCAAGUCCUCUGUGGCCUUGGACGAGACUGUUGCUGGUAUUAUCCAGAGCGGUGUCAGCCGUGUUAUCCAGACUGGCGUUGGUGAGGGCCCGAUUAAGUCGGAUAUUUACCUUGUUGGCGAGGAUGGUGAGCCGGUUAAGCGAUGA